AUGGAUUAUAUCUCUUCAUGGUCCUGGCGGGAUAAAUCACCUUUCGCUCUUUUGUGGAGUUUACUGUUGAGUUCAAUCCUUCUCAAACUUGGUAUCGGGAAGUCUGUUCUGAAAGAGUCGGUUCUGAUCAUGCCACAUUUCGGGGUUCAACUCGAAACACAUUAUAGAAGUGGAAGAAUAUCACGCCGCUUUGUGCCAGUUCCAGUGAGCACGAUUCUGAAGCCAUUGCUGCUAGAGCAUGUGAAUCCGGUUACUUCUUACUGGGUUCUGUCUCUGAUUUUGCUUAAGGAAGAAGAACUGACUCCGGUUUUCAAGGUAUGA